CUCCUCCUUGGCCGUUAUCUCUACUAUUAACAAAUUUCAUAGUCUCGCGUCCCAAAACCCUCUCCAUUCUCUUCUUCUCUCAGUCUCGCGCACACAAAUCGGCCAUCCCCUCACAAGUAUGUACAGAACGGCUUCUUCUCGACUCAGGGCUCUCAAGGCCGGAACAGGGUCUAGAGGCUUCGCUAGAUAUGCAAGUACAAGUGCUGUUGCAACUAAGUCAUCUGGAGGUAUCUUCAGUUGGUUAACCGGUGAAAAGUCUUCUUCACUUCCACCACUAGACUUUCCGCUUGAGGGUAUUGUACUUCCCCCUCCGUUGCCAGACUAUGUUGAACCUGGGAAGACCAAGAUAACUACCCUUCCCAAUGGCGUCAGAAUAGCUUCAGAAAUAUCUGCGAACCCUGCAGCCUCAAUUGGACUUUUCGUUGAUUCUGGCUCAAUCUAUGAAAACCCAGAUUCAUAUGGAGCCACACACCUCCUGGAGCGUAUGGCCUUUAAAAGUUCCACUAACCGGAGCCACUUGCGCAUUGUGCGAGAAGUUGAGGCAAUUGGUGGCAAUGUAACUGCAUCAGCCUCCCGGGAGCAUAUGAGUUACACCUAUGAUGCACUUAAAACAUAUGUACCUCAAAUGGUUGAGCUUCUUGUUGACUGUGUUAGAAACCCAGCCUUUUUGGAUUGGGAAGUUUGUGAACAGAUCCUCAAGGUGAGUGCUGAGAUUAGUGAAUACUCCAAAAACCCUCACCACCUGCUUCUGGAGGCUAUUCAUUCAACUGGUUACUCUGGUGCUUAUGCAAAUGGUCUUUUGGCUUCAGAAGCUGCAGUUAACAGGUUGAAUGGCACUGUUUUGGAGAAAUUUGUGUCUGAACACUACACCGCCCCUAGGAUCGUCCUUGCUGCAUCAGGUGUUGAGCAUGAUAAACUGUUAGAAUAUGCAGAGCCACUUUUAUCCGAUCUUCCUAAAGGUUCUAGCCCAGCAGUGGCAAAGCCAAUAUACACAGGAGGAGAUUUUCGCCGUAAAGGUGAUUCAGGGAUGACUCAUUUUGCUAUGGCCUUUGAAGUUCCUGGUGGCUGGAUUAAGGAGAAGGAUGCUAUGACAUUGACCGUUCUUCAGAUGCUCAUGGGAGGAGGAGGAUCUUUCUCAGCUGGUGGUCCUGGAAAGGGGAUGUACUCAAGAUUAUAUCUUCGUGUCCUGAACGAGCAUCCUCAGAUCCAAUCUUUUUCUGCUUUCAACAGUAUCUACAAUCACACCGGACUAUUUGGAAUUCAAGCUAGUACUGGAUCUGAUUUCGCACCACAUGCUAUGGAAAUUGCCUGCAGAGAACUAACUGCUGUGGCAUCUCCUGGAGAUGUUGAUGAAGUACAGCUAAACCGUGCAAAACAAUCAACAAAAUCUGCCAUUUUGAUGAACUUGGAAUCCAGAAUGGUUGCAUCUGAAGACAUCGGUAAGCAAAUUUUGACGUAUGGAGAGAGGAAACCGGUGGAGCAUUUCUUGAAGGCGGUUGAUGAGGUCACAGCGAAAGAUAUUGCUACAAUUGCACAAAGGCUUUUCGAAUCUCCCCUUACACUGGCAUGUUACGGCGAUGUGCAUCAUCUUCCAAGCUAUGACCACAUUAAACGCAGGUUCAAGUAAAAGUUACCCUUGUUACUGUUGAGAUCAGAGAACUGAUCGGAGAAGUUCCCCAUGUCCCCUGUUUUGGGUGGCGUUUUUGAAACGAUGAACAGAACAACCUUUCUCUAUGAUGAUAUAAGAGAAAAUAAGGAUCUCUACUGAAACAAUAAUUGACGCAUAUGUUUGCAAAAAUCACUUAUGCCUGAUUCUUUGUAUGUUUUGUUUGGGUUCUGAGUGUAUGCCAAAGUAUUGAUCUGUUUUUGUCAUUUUCUGCGUGGAGUGGACUUUGACUGGUCCCACAUCUUGAUCAAUGGGUAAUGUUUAUUUUCCUA